AUGUACUCAUCCGAGGGGUACCGCGUACUCGGGACGCGAAUCCCUGCACGGGCGCGCGUGAGGGGCCCCGUGGCCGGCGGCGGAGGAGGCGGAGGUGGAGCCGGAGACGAGGCGUCGCUCAGCAAAGACGGCGCGGCGCCCGAGCUGAGGCUCGAGGGCGACGCAAGCGGCGUCGAGGAGGAUGAACCCGGUGAAGGCGCGUCGCCCGGCGAAGACGGCGCGGCGCCCGAGCUAAGGCUCGAGGGCGACGCAGGCGGCGUCGAGGCAGGCGUCGGCGCGGGUGUCGGCGUGGGGUCACCCGAGACAUGGCUCGAGGGUGACCCGGAGGGUGGCGAGGCAGCGCCCGAGCCGAGCUCAAGGCGCGGCGGAGGACGACGAGGCGGUGCCCGAGUCCGAGCUCGAGGGCACUGUAGCCGGCGGACCUGCCGGGGCAGGGGGUCGACGCCGGGGACCAUCAGUAGGCGAAGGAGGAGUGGCGACCACCUGUCUCUGUGCAAAAGGAAAGCAAUGCUCAUCAAAGUACACGUGCCGGGGGGUGAAGACGCGGUGAGAAACCGGAUCAUAGCAGCGGUAGCCUUUGGUGUUAGCCGGGUAACCGAGGAAAACACACGGAACGGAACGAGGGGCGAGUUUAUGAGGAGUGGUGGCGGCGAUACUAGGAUAACAACGACAACCGAAAAUCCGAAGACCGUCGUAGGAUGGAGGGGAACCGUAAAGGAGGUGAUGAGGUGCAUAGUUCCAGCGGGGACGACACGGACGAAGGUUGACAAGUAG